GCCAAGCAAGAGAGUGGAUCCACAACGAACUCUCACACCACUGAAAGAGAAAAUGCAUCUCGACUCGAAAAGCCAAAAACCAGAGAAGAAAGAAAUGAAGAGCCGAAGCCUAUAGAAGAAGGAGAAAAGAAGAAUAAACACAGAAUCAGAGAGAGAGAGAGUUUCGGAAUGGGUUGGGGACUGGUGAUUUACGAAGGAGUGGUGGUGGUGGGGUCGCUGUGCCUUCUCGGCUGGGCUGGGCUGUGGUUCCUCAACCGCCGCCUCUACAAGGAGUACGAAGAGAAGCGAGCGCUGGUGCAGAUCCUAUUCAGCGUCGUCUUCGCCUUCUCCUGCAACCUCCUCCAGCUCGUCCUCUUCGAGAUCAUCCCUCUCCUCUCCAAAGAGGCAAGAUGGAUGAACUGGAAGGUGGAUUUGUUUUGUUUGAUACUGUUGCUGGUAUUCAUGUUGCCUUAUUAUCAUUGUUACUUGAUGCUUUGCAACAACGGUGUGAGGAAGGAACGAGCUGCACUUGGAGCUGUCUUAUUCUUGCUGGCAUUUCUCUACGCUUUCUGGCGAAUGGGGAUUCAUUUUCCUAUGCCUUCACCUGAUAAAGGUUUUAGUUUACGCUCAUUGGAUUUAUUUAUUUAUUUUUUUAUAGGGAUUUACUCUCAUUGGAAUAUAUGA